AUGAACCCUGGUCACCACAGCUCAAGCGAUGACUGUUCGGAUCUCUCUUCUGAUUCAGACAACGUGAGCUCUCACCAGCACAGACCACAACAAAGCAAAGACCGAUCGGAGGCUCUAGCCCGGCACAUUGCGGUACAUUUACAAGUGCUAAUGCUUUUGACCUUACGCUUCGCAGCGUUGCAUAAAGACGAUGGGGUCUUGGAUGAUGGUAUCAAGAGCGAUUCUGUCGAUAUCGACGACGGAAAUAGCGCCUCGAAAGCUAACGACCUAGGAAGACUUUCCGACAUCGACUCCCAGGCAGAUGUCAGCAUGAAAGACACGGACGGUCAAGACAAGGGGGGGGACGCUAUGGAUCUUGAUGAUUACGUCGAUGAGGAUGAUAUCCCGAUCCCCGACACGGACCUCGAUCUCGAGGAUGUCCCAAGACAAUGCGAUGGCCUCGCAGCCGAGAAUGACGAUUUCUUAAAAAAGGUCAUCGAGUCUGGAGCCUACCAGUCUUGGCGAGAUGCACAUGAGGAGCCCGCUCGCGGAGGUCCCUCCCUAUCCCAUGAGGACUACACGAUCGCCUGGAUAUGUGCCUUGCCGGUGGAGACGGCGGCUGCGAAGCUGAUGUUGGACGAAAUACACCCGUCUUUGCCUCGCCUGGCGAUGGACCAAAACACAUACAUUUUUGGAAGUAUUGGGGAACACAAUAUCGUUAUUGCUAGCUUACCGACUGGCGCAUAUGGUAACACAUCAGCCGCAAUGGCUGGGAUGCAGUUGCUGUCUAGUUUUCACGCCAUCCGCUUCGGUUUUAGUAUUGGUAUCGGCGGCGGAGUACCGAGCAGCAAUGCAGACAUUCGACUUGGGGAUAUUGUUGUGAGCCAGCCAACGGGCACUUCUGGAGGCGUGAUCCAGUGUGAUUUGGGUAAAGCGCUUAGCGGUGGCCAAUUCAAGCCAACCGGAAUGCUUAAUGCUCCUCCCAGGGUUCUGCUGACCGCUCUCAACACUCUCCGAGCGCAACACCUCACAGCGGAUAGCCGGUUCGUCGGAUUUGUUUCUAACCUGCAAGCUAAAAUAGCGCCCCACAAAGCUGCCAAAUUCACGCGACCUAUACAAGAGGACUAUCUAUUCCAAGCAGAAUAUGAUCAUAUCGCAUCCGAUAUGUGUGAAGAUUGCGAUCGAUCUAAACUGGUUCCACGAUCCCCACGAGAGCACCAAGAACCAGUAAUUCACUACGGGCUCAUCGGAUCUAUAAAUCAGGUUGUGAAGGAUGGCAGGCAGCGAGAUCAGCUAGCUCGGGACUUAGGUAUAUAUUGUGUCGAUAUGGAAGUGGCGGGACUGAUGAAUAACUAUCCGUGUCUGGUCAUUCGGGGCAUCUGCGACUAUGCCGACUCACACAAGAAUAAGAAGUGGCAAGGGUAUGCGGCCGCGGUGGCGGCGGCCUAUGCGAAAGAGCUUCUCUUAGUGGUCGCAAUCGAUCAGGUCAAUAGUACCCCAACUUUGCGAGACACGCUAGCAAAUUCUGAUCACCGGUUCGAUGUACCACUAGACCUUACGACGGUGCCGGUAAUUGAAAGUUUCCUAGGACGGCAAGACGAACUAGAAAAGCUAUGGCAGCAUCUACAUCCGACAAAUGUGCAGUCACGGAAAGUUGCAAUUGUUCAUGGGCUUGGGGGGAUAGGAAAGACACAAAUCGCUAUUCGCUUCGCACGAAACCACAAGCACGAUUUCACCGCCAUCUUUUGGCUGAGCGGCAAGGACCGAGGCACGCUCUUACAAUCUUUGAGCUCUAUCUUUCUCCGAUUACUAGAACAGUCACAGAUUACUGAGCCGAGAAAUGACGAGGACGUAGAGCAACGGGCUAAACAUGUGUUAUGGUGGCUAGCAAUGGCAGGAAACUCACGCUGGCUAAUCAUUUUUGACGACGUUAAUCAAUACUCUGCCGUCAAUGGUGCUCCUAAUGCCUAUAAUAUCGGAGAAUUCUUCCCGGCAGCCGAUCAUGGCUCUAUUCUCAUUACCUCUCGGCUCCGAGGGUUGACUGAACUAGGGAAAUCUUUCCUGGUCAACAAACUCGACAAUGAUGAUGCAAUCAGACUACUCUCGCAAAGCAGCUCUUUCUCACCGAACAAUACUAUUAGGGGGUCUAAGAGCAAUCCAGAUACGCUUGCUCUUGCUAGUCAUCUGGAUGGAUUUCCAUUGGCAAUCACUAUCGCUGGGGCCUUUAUGCGUGAAACUGGAACCAGCAUCGCUGAGUACUUACAGUAUUACCAAGAGUCUUGGCCCGACCUACAGCUGCAGUCAAAUCCUGGGCGUCAUUACCAACAAGGUAACAUGCUACAAACAUGGAUGAUAUCAUAUCGUGAGAUCCGGAAGCGAGAUCCGAAUGCAGCGGAGCUUCUCCUCUUCCUUGCUCGUUUCGAUCAUCAGGAUAUCUGGUAUGGAUUGAUACAAAGUAGCCGCCAUAGCUCAAAUGUUCCUGUUUGGCUUGAAAGGACUAUAUCAAGCUGGCUCACGUUUACAACCAGUAUCAAGAAACUCGUCGACUUCUCCCUGCUUGAGACUAAGAAAGAAUGGGGAAGCUAUACGAUGCACCCAGUCGUACAAGACUGGUGCAUUCAACUUUCUAGCAUAGACAAAAGUGUGGAUUCGACCCGGCUCAAUGAACUGGCACUGAUAUCUGUUGGAUACACUGUCCCAAGUUCAGGUGAAAGAAAUUCUUCUAGGCUUCAGGAACGGCUUAUUCCACACGCGAAUCAUGUACGUCUUAGGGAUUGGUCAAGUGGCAAUAUUGAUAUUGCGGUAUGGAAAGCCUUUGAUGGUUUAGGGUGUCUCUACUCUGAUCAGGGGAAGCUGAAGACGGCAGAGGAGAUGUACCAGCGAGCAUUCGCAGGCAAGGAGAAGGCCCUCGGUCCAGAUCAUAUGUCCACUCUCGACACAGUCAACAACCUUGGUCUUCUCUACUUCAAUCAGGGGAAGCUGAAAGAGGCAGAAGAGAUGUACCAGCGAGCACUGGUAGGCUACGAGAAGGCCCUCGGUCCAGAUCAUACGUCCACUCUGGACACAGUCAACAACCUUGGUUUUCUCUACUUCAAUCAGGGGAAGCCAAAGGAGGCAGAGGAGAUGUACCAGCGAGCACUCGCAGGCAAGGAGAAGGCCCUCGGUCCAGAUCAUACGUCCACUCUCGAUACAGUCAACAACCUUGGUUUUCUCUACUUCAAUCAGGGGAAGCCAAAGGAGGCAGAAGAGAUAUACGAGCGAGCACUGGUAGGCUACGAGAAGGCCCUUGGUCCAGAUCAUAUGUCCACUCUCACUAUAGUCAACAACCUUAGUCUUCUCUACUUCAAUCAGGGGAAGCUGAAAGAGGCAGAAGAGAUGUACCAGCGAGCACUGGUAGGCUACGAGAAGGCCCUCGGUCCAGAUCAUAUGUCCACUCUCACUAUAGUCAACAACCUUAGUCUUCUCUACUUCAAUCAGGGGAAGCUGAAAGAGGCAGAAGAGAUGUACGAGCGAGCACUGGUAGGCUACGAGAAGGCCCUAGGUUACGAUCACAGUACGACGCAGCAGGUUAUGGAGAGAUUAAAUGCCAUAAGGAUGGCAAAUUAA